AUGACUCAAAUUAUGCCCUCCAAUACCAGAGACAUAUCGAUCAAAGCUAUUGCAUCAAUACCGUAUACAUUAUACUAUGGAACAUUUAUUCAUACACCAGCGUUAGAUAAAUUGGAAAUUAAUUUCAAUACUAUCGUUGGAGUCAACUCUGAUGGAGUUAUUGAUUAUGUUUACAAAGAUUUUGAUCCACUGGAUCAUGAAGGCCAAUCACCUAUUCAAUUUUUCCAACAUUUGGAAUCAGACAUUGUCGAUAUAAAAUUCAUUGAUGUCUCUCAAGAUUAUACUAAAUUCUUCUUUCCAGGAUUUGUAGAUACUCAUAUCCACGCAUCUCAAUUCCCCAAUAUUGGUAUUGGAUUAGAUACACCCUUGCUUGACUGGUUAAACAAGUAUACAUUCCCCCUUGAAAGUCAAUUCUGUGGUGACGACGAUCACUCCCAAGAGAAGAAAUUGGAGAUUGCUAGACAAGUGUAUACAAGAGUGAUUCAACGCACGUUGAUGAAUGGGACGACUUGUGCAUCUUACUUUACUACUAUUGACCCAGAAACUACAAAUUAUUUUGCUGAAUUGUUGUUGAAGCUAGGCCAGAGGGGAUUUGUGGGGAAGGUAUGUAUGGAUUGUAAUGAACCAUAUACGGUAUACGAAGAGAGUUUAGAAAAGUGUGUUGAUUCAAUGAAUAAGAUUAUUGAUCAUUUGGACGAUAUCAACCCGGGACUGGAAAGUUUGGUGAAACCGAUUAUAACCCCUAGAUUUGCACCGGUUUGUUCGAGGGGGAUGUUGACAUACUUGGGAGAACUAAGUGAAAGUAAACACCUCCCUAUACAAACACACAUUAGUGAAAAUAAACUGGAGGUUGAAUUAGUAGCCAAAUUGUUCCCUGAUUGUGCAAACUAUAGUCAAGUUUACAAUAAGCACAACUUGUUAAACCAGUCUACGAUCUUGGCUCAUUGUAUCCAUUUAUCACCGGAGGAGUGUCAGUUGAUUGCAGAAAAGAAAUGUUCGGUAUCACAUUGUCCUACGUCAAACACAUUCAUUUCCAGUGGUGAAGCUCCUAUACGCAAGUAUCUUUAUGAUUAUAAGAUUAAUGUGUCAUUGGGUACUGAUGUUAGUGGUGGAUUCGAUUCAAGUAUAUUGCAUAUCAUUAAACAUGCAAUUUUGGUUAGCCACCACUUAUCAAUGAAACCGGAACAGCACACAACGAGCAGCACUGAUUGUAAAUUAUCAAUGACCGAAGGGUUAUACAUGUCAACUAUGGGUGGUGCAAGAGCAGUUGGGUUACAAGAUCAAAUUGGAUCAUUCACCAAGGGCAAGAAAUUUGACUGUCAAUUGAUUGAUUUGACAAGUAAUGGAGCUUCAACCGAUGUGUUUCCAUGGCAAAUACCAAGCUCUUCCGAAUCUACUGAUAUUAAGUAUGACAAGAUGGUUGAUUUAGUAGGUAAGUGGGUUUUCAGUGGUGACGACCGUAAUUGUGUUGAGGUAUGGUGUAAUGGAAGACAAGUUGUCAAUAAGAUGAAAGUAGUUAAUGAGAAAAUGAAGGUAAUAGAGUAA